CCUCCUCCUCCCGCUCCGCCCGCCCGCCGCCGCCGCUCCCCGGGGACGAUGGGCGACCCCACCAAGCAGGACAUCCUGGCCAUCUUCAGGCGCCUCCGCUCCGUGCCCACCAACAAGGUGUGCUUUGACUGCGGCGCCAAGAACCCAAGCUGGGCCAGCAUCACCUAUGGCGUGUUUCUGUGCAUCGACUGCUCUGGGACACACCGCUCUCUGGGUGUCCACUUGAGCUUCAUACGGUCAACAGAAUUGGAUUCAAACUGGUCUUGGUUUCAGCUGAGAUGCAUGCAAGUCGGAGGGAACGCCAAUGCCACAUCUUUUUUCCACCAGCACGGCUGCACCACAAACGACAGUAAUGCCAAGUACAACAGUCGUGGGGCUCAGCUCUACAGGGAAAAGGUUAAGUCUCUCGCCUCACAAGCAGCCAGGAAACACGGCACAGAUUUGUGGCUCGAUAGCUGUGCAGUUCCACCCGUGUCGCCUCAACCCAAAGAUGAUGACUUCUUUGCAUCCCACGUGCCUACCAAGGUGAGCAGCGAAGAGUGGGCAGCGCCAUCACCAGAACCACCACCCGAGCCAGUUCCUUCAAGGACCAGACCGUCGGACCUCAGCCCAGAGACCAAAGGUGGAGAUCAAGGGCCGAGUGUCGACUGCCUGAGUGUGUCCCCGAAAACGGCUCUAGAGGUUACCUCUAUUAUAAAAAAGAAACCAGGUCAACUUAAAAAAGGGCUCGGGGGCAAAAAAGCGGGCCUGGGAGCCCAGAGGGUGAGCAGUACGAGUUUCAGCGAGAUGGAGAAACAGGCCCGGGCUGGCGACCAGCUCAAGGAGCAGCAAGACCAGGCUUCCAAGAGGACGGACAGAGAAGAACCCAUGGUGUCCUCCUUACGUUUGGCGUACAAGGACCUUGAAAUUCAGAUGAAGAGAGACAGCAAGAUGAAUGCCGGCAGUAAACAGACGGCAGAGUCAGAGAGGCUCGGCAUGGGAUUUGGGAACAACAGGAGCAGCAUCUCCCACUCCGUGAUGACGGAUAUGCAGACCAUCGAACAGGAAACCCCGGUUCUGGCGAAACCAAGGAAAAAGUACAGUGGGGACGGCGGAGGAGACUCCUAUUUUGGUUCUUCAGGCUCGAGAUACUUUGAAGAUCCAACAGAGAUGAGGUCCAGUCCUUUCAGCAGCAAGUGGGACGACAGCUCAGAUUCCUUUUGGAAUAAAGAGAGUGCCAGAGACACAGACCUGAUUCCCAGUUCCAAAGUGGCCGGCUCUUCAGACAGGUCAGCUUCUCGCCGCAAGCCAGAUUACGAGCCGCCUGGUACUACCGACGAGGCCCAGAAAAAGUUUGGCCACGUCAAGGCCAUUUCUUCUGACAUGUAUUUUGGAAGGCAAGACCAUGCCGACUACGAGACGAGGGCCAGGCUGGAGAGACUAUCUGCGAGCUCGUCCAUUAGCUCCGCCGACCUGUUUGAUGACCAGAGGAAGCACCAAGCAGGAAACUACAACUUGAGCAGCGUCUUGCCAUCGGCACCCGACAUGACCCAGUUCAAAGAAGGCGUGAGGUCCGUGGCCGGGAAGCUGUCUGUCCUUGCCAACGGAGUCAUGAACUCCAUUCAGGAUCGUUAUGGGUCGUAAGCCAACUGCCUGGGCCCCAUCACCCCUCAGCGAAGUCUGGGCGUCUGAGGAGAGAAAGGCCCCAUCUUGAUCCCCCCGGUGAUGACGCUGCCGAGCCCCCGAAGACUGGCCGCUCUGGGCAGGUUGUUAUGCCACUUUGACAGAGACCAAGAAGAAUCAUUCUGAAUUAUACUAUUUCUUUCCCAAGGGUCUUAUGUAGUAACAGCUUUGUAGAUAUUUUUUAGUUAAUUUAUGCUUUGCAUCCAUUCCCGGCUCCCUCCUGGUGUUUAGCGUACCCGCGGGGUGGAAGGUGGGAGGGACAGCCGGCCACGACCAGCCGGGGCUGGCGGGAGAGAGGCAGGGAAGAGAUCUGGCGGGUGGGCAGGAUGACCGGUCUGGGGCUGCCACCUGGGGACCUGACGGAGGUGUAGUGGCGGCCCAGACGUUGCCCCUCCCCAGCUGGACGCCCUGCGGGCGAGGGCCAGAGCCACUUGGCAGAAGGUGUGUUGCUGGGGCUCAGCGCGGGGCCCUGGAGGUCUGGGGCUCUCCCAAGGACGGGCUGGCUGGACUCUGGCCAAGGCUUUGAGAUCAAUUCUUGUUCGUUCACAACUUGAAGCUUUCUGCAUUCUUGAAAAAUGCAGUGUGAGACUUCCCUAAGUGCUUUACAAAUCAAUGGAAUGUACAGAAUGGAAGGUAAAUUAAAAGUGACUAAAUAUAUAUGCAGGGGUGUAUAUAUUUAUGCAUUUAUAUAUAUAUAUAUAUAUGUAUGUAUAUAUAUGCAUAUAUAUACCCACAAAGAGAGACAUAGAGAUAUAUAAAGAAUGGCACAGAUGAAUUAUAGGGCUAAGUAUACUAGUUGUAAUUGAGUAUUCAGUUUGGUUUGGUAUUUUUACUGUAAUUUUGCAUUUCCGAAUAUUUCAGACUGGGUUUUCACAGGUGAGGAACUGUAGCUUGGUUGUGAUUUAGACACAGCCUGGAACAUAUUGUUCCGCUAAACAAAAUAUACUCAAAAUUUGGUGAACCCCAAAUUGGCUUCAACUGAAUGACAUUUCUGUGGGUCUUUUUCUUACCCCAAAUCUUUCGACAGACUUCCGAAUCCAAUAAAUGCAGUGGCAAUGGGUCA